AUGUCUAUAUGCAUCAUCGACCCCUCGGGCGACUUCUACCUGCAAGUCUGUGACGCAAACUCCAUUGACACUGUCCGUUUCCGCGUCUCUCGCAGAAUUCUAGAAAGACACUCCACGCACGAACUUGCCUCCAAUCUCCGCAAUCAGCAAACCCCAAAUCUCCCCCUCUACGAUGUGAAAAUCCCCGCUAUGGAAACCAUCCUCCGAGUUCUCCACGGGGUUCUCGAUCUCAAUCACAACACCAACAACGCCCCCCACUCAACAUUCGAUCAAGAAAAUAUCGCAACCCUCUCCCACAUUAUCGAUCUCGGCAUCAAAUGGUUCAAGACCGAAGAACUCGAAUCCUGGUUCGCAAAAUUCUGGGCAGAACGAAGAGAAAACGAAAUGUCCUUGUACGAUAUGAAAGUUAUGUUGUACCCAUCCUAUAUCUUUCGACACGCGGAAGCCUUUGCUCGAAUUACCAAAUCUCUCGUUCUGGAGUGGAGAAGUGGUGAAAUGCAUGGCUUGAAUCCUCUUACGGGACGUGCGGAAUUUCGCUUUGAGCAUAGGAUUUUGAAGCAACUCGUUCGUCUCAAGACCCGAAUCCUCGAGCGCGAAAUCACCAACAAUCUCCUCGAUCCAUUAGAUCAUCUCUGCAACGACUUCUGCGAGGCACGUGGUGAGUGCAUGGUAGCGUACAACAAGUCAUUGCGAGACUGUCUCGUCAUUCCAUCCAUCGUGCGCCGAAACUGUUCUAUCAGAGAUAUACUCGAGAGCGAGGGUGUGAAUUUCUGGAACUGUGCCAGUCCACCGCACGCUUCUGAGCACUGUUCCAAUAUUCUAUCCGGCAACCACAUUGUGAAGAUCAAGAAGAAUGCGUUGAAUUUCUGGGAGGGAAUGUGCAUCGAAUGCGUGUUGCGUACUUCGGGUGGACAUGUCAAGCAGGAACAAUUCUGGGAAGACGGGCGACGCAAGCGCUACGGAACUUCUUGUCCCAUUCCCCACAACUAUCAGACGUGGAAUUAUAGUUACAUGGGUCCAUUUGAGCUAAUUUCAAAACAUAUAGCUGAGCAGAAAGAACGCGAGAAGAAUAAAGAGCGUACGAAGCAUGGAAUGAAGUUUUCCGCCAAAUCACGAUUUCCUUAUGCUUCCGAUUCACCCAAACGAUCUCGUCGACGUUCUUCUAAGAUUGCGGAAUGGUCUGCCAAAAACGAAACUGUGAAGACGAUGGAAGUCGAAGCAUCAACAGAUUCUAGGAGACCAAGAACUCAAGACACCACACGCUCUUUCAACACCAGUUCACCCAAAACCCCAUCCCAAAGCACUCCCCCUAUCAGAUUCGCCACUCUGGAUGAAACCGCCUGUCUUCAACAAAAGAAGAUUGCAGAAUGGACCGCAAGAAACCUAGCCAACCAAGCUAGAAUCCGAGAGGCUGAAGCUGAAGCCAAAGCUACCGCUGGCUAUACCGACGCGUACUUAGCGAGCCUAGAGUUCUACAACCAUGAUGACGAUAACAAUUUUGAGCCCGUCAAUACGCCACCUCCACCCGCCGCUAAGAAGGAACCCCUUUCUAAGAGCCAAGAACCGACCAUGAGCACCACCCCCACCCCAACUCCCAUCCCCACAGCAUCUCCAACCACCACUCCCAGAAACUCAGACCAAUCCUUCGAAUUCCCCCAAGAAAUGCACGCUUUCAACUCCAUCCCCGUCAACAGAGCUGCUCCCAAGAACGACUGGAUUGCACAGCGCCUGGAAUUCUACAACAGCAACCGAGAAGCUGCACUGGCUCAUAAACGCAUGAUGAAUGGCGAAACGGCUAUGGAUCUCGAUGAUUCGGAUGAGGAGUUGUGA